AUGAACCACAGCGCGUCCAACGCAGCCGCGGCUUCGCGAGAUGGCGACAUCAAGAAGCGCGCCCACGACGGGAGCCUGACGAAUGGCGCCUCCACGGCAAUAGCAACACCAAAAGGACCUACCCCCGAGCACUAUGAGGAGCCACCGGAGAUUGAACAUGUCGGUGACGAGCAAUACAAUUCGCUGUCCACACUGUUGCUGCGCAUAUCCCAAGAAUCCUACAAUGAAAUGGGCGCUUUGCUGCAAAAGAUGGCUGACAUCCCAAUCGGCCCCACCACCAACGGCUCUUUUGCCAAUGGCCUCAUUGCAGCCAAUUCUCAAGGAAACGCCGAGGCGAGUAAGCGGAAGAAGCUGCUUCUCCUCCAGUUCGCCCAGGAGCAGCGCGCCAAAUUCAUCAAGUUGCUGGUUCUCACCGAAUGGGGGAAAAAGGCUGCCAAGGAUCUCACCAGGCUCAUUGACUUGUUCCGCUGGGCGAGUGAGCAGGCGCAGUACAUGGAGGCGGCCGACUACAAGUUGGACAGGAUCAAGGUGCAGUCGAACAAUGCGCGAGAGAAUAGCCCGGACAUUGCGACUGCCUUGGAAGUGCUAUCUACAGGCAAAGCCUCGUGGAUGCCCAGUCUGGGCUACAUUCCGCCCGAGCCCGUAUCCUCAGAUGAGGCUCUAAAAUUACUGCGCUACAUGAACACAUCUCUUUCCAUACGCUUAAAUGUGCACGAAAACCUCCCCCGCCAUCUCCGCAACUGGCGCAUACAUUCCGGAAGAGCCACUUUCGUCAUCGAGAAUGAGCUAGAAUUUGAUGUCAUGUCUUUUGUUGAGGACGCUUCCGAGCAAUGGUUCCUCAUUGACGUCCGAUUGAUGUUCACCCCGGCACCCACCAUUACCGUCGGCAGCCGGUUCUUCAUGCAGCUCAAACUUCAGGCCGACUUUGUUCUGAAAGACAAGGGCCUGAGUGGCCUUUUCGACUUUCUUAACAACUUCAUCCUAACCCACAAAAUCUCAGUGCUACGGUCGCAGGCAGUGGGUCUUGUCCGCGCAGGAUGGGCAGGUUCACUCAAGGUAGAGCCCGUGCACCGCUUGCUUGUGGUGUCAUACUGGACCAACCGGCCCGGAAAGAAGAAUUGGAUCGAGAUUGGCAUUUCAAGUAACAGGCCAAAAGAUGGCAAGGUCUCGUGGAGAGGUCAGCCUGUACCCUCGCUCUCUACACGCUGGUUUCGUCAGGGCAAGGAGGUCAAGGACGCUAAUCUCAAAUUUGACUGGAACAGCCUUUCCUUCGAGAAAGUCAUCAAGCUCGUCAUUGCACGCCAUACGAGCGACAUUUUGCGCUCCACAAAGGAGAAGCUCAAGUCUGGAGUCAUGGCAGCUGCGCAUCUCUCCGAGACAGAGCCUGCGGAUUGCACCCUCGCCGCGACCCUCGGCACAAAAUCCACUUCCAUGACAUUGUCGCUAGAGCCUGUUACUGGUAACUUCAUCAUGCGACCGGCCAGUGCACUUUCUGCGCGGGCAGAGAACGCCUUCAACCAAGGUCGAGAGCCUGAAAAAAUGGCCGAUGUAAUCACCCAAGUACUGGCUGGUACCCUCCACACUUUGAUCCAGAAGAUUGCGCAACAACUCGGAUGGCAGCCGGUAGCAAGACAGUCAUUGCGGCCGCAAGUAGUAACGGCCGCUGUGAAGCUGGACGUUAUAUCGUCCACUCUAUACUGCCCUCGCGGGUGGCCAUCGAGCUGGGCUCUCGCUGCGGUAAUAGACUCGUCUGGUGAGUCGUGGUGGGUUUUCGAGAUUGGCGCCACUGGAGACAGUAUCAAGACUGCUCUGCAAAUCAAGAUGGACAGGCCUGAUGGAAGUUCCUUGCCCAUCAACCGCAAAACCUUGUCGAGUAUAGGAAGAGUUGCGGUGCAAGUAAUAUCGUUCCGCGCCACAGCAUCUCGACUUGCUAGGGAGAGGAAGACUUGCAGUUUGCAGACUGAGUUGGGACAGGUGGGUGGUAUCGAAUCUCGUCGCAUUGCUCGUAGAUGGGUGUUGCACUUGCAGACUCCACAUCUUCUUGUGGAAACACCAGGCCAGGAUGCAUGGCUUGAGCCGGAUAUCAAAAUUACGUGCGAGGGCCUUAGAGUGCAAGGCCAGACCGUAUGGCAUAUAGCUGCUGGUAAGAUGGUAAAGGGCGUCGCAGCAGACAUGCAUAAGCUCAUGGCAGCCUCGCCCCAAAAUACUUUCAAAUUCUCAGAAGAUGGCAACUUUAGGAUCCUCCUUUCCACGCCUUUUGCCCAAGACAUACUCGGAGAACUUCGAUCGCGACUACGGGAUGUCAAUCGCCUACGCACAUUUGCGGCUACACUCCAGAAGCGCGAGAUGCGGCUCGGAUCGUCUUCGUUGCAGCGAGUGCAAUUCCAGUACGGUCCCACCCCUUAUUCUGCCACUGUCAACUUCAGUUCCGAGCAAGAAUUCUCCAUUGAGCUAUCACCCAACAACCCACAUCACCGAAUUCACAAGCUACUCACUGCGAUUGCCAACGACCAAUUACCAUCCUUUCCAUCACUUGAUUCCAGUGAUAGCAGUGGUCUCGAUCGCUUCUGCACUACUCUUGUCCUUACUCGUCCACUUUUCAAAGUCCUCCGCGAGAUUGAACAACGCACACCAGGCAAUUACUGCAACCCUGCAAUCCACGUCCACUCCAUUCUCAAGUACCGCAUCACAUAUUCAAACCCUGUCUGCACGUUCGACAUCCGUCUCCAACACAAGGGUGACAAUGUACAUUGGGUUCUGGAGGACAAUCUACGACCCAAAGACGCCAACUUGUUACCAACGCCAGAACGCGGACAAGGCCACAGACGGCUGAACGUCUUACAAGCGAAGUUGAAGACAUUGUUCAGCGAAAAGGGGACAGGCUGGUUCGGCACACGAAACGGCAUGGUGACCGAUUUGGACGCAAUACCCGAUGCACUACGCAAGCUGGAUGAGGUCGUACUCAGUUGCAAGAUGGAAGGCGGUUACGUUGCGCCUCCACCGCUGGUACAGCAGCAAGCUCAGAAUGCGGGCCAUGCGUUGGGUCAAGCCGUUGCCCAGGCAAAUGGGCCGCAACAGCAACAAGCUAGGAUGCAGCAACAACAACAACAGCAGCAGCAGCAACAAGCCCGCCAACAACAGCAAGCUCAACACAACCAGCAGCAGGCGCGGAGACAGCAGCAAUCUCAACAGAACCAGCGCGGUCAGCAGCAGCCCAAUGGCAGACCAAGCCAACAGCAUAUGCCAAAUGGACGGCAACAAAUGCAGCAACAGCAGCAGCAUAGAGGUGGUCGACCUGGUCAGAAUCAGAAUAAUGUGAUUGAGAUUGACUAG